UCCGAAAGAUAGGGCUGAGCCGAUCUGUUUGGAAAGGUCACUCCCUUAUGCGAUGCGUCAUUUUGAACAGCUUUAGUGACUAAGUAACUCACUCGGAUAAACAAAUUCUAGGGGUUUUUCGUUGUGCAUGGCGUGAGAGUGUCCUCUGGAAUUUUGUUUGCUCGGAGUUUGAGUUCAAAUGAACCAAGCGAGGUCUGAGUGAUAACAGGGUUCCAGACACCGUAUAAAUACAGCUGCCAGGGAACGUAUGGAUGGCAGCCAGAGAGCCUUCUGAUCAGCAUGUUUGUCCCUGUGACGGCCCCACUGCUGGAGAAUUAGCUGGUACCACGAUCUUCAUACCUGACACGGCCUCAACGUGGCCAUGGCCCCGUCGUCUCAAUCAGCACUAUCCCGAAGUCAAGGUCGAAUCUGCAGCUUGGUUUGCGAGUUGUAAAGCCUUUAAUAGUGCUAGAGUACUAGAUGCCUUUGAACGCAUCCAUUGCGAUCUCAUGAGUUGUUUAGGCUUCCCAAUCGCGAGCAAAGUGCAUCUUCGUAACAUUUGCGACAUAAUGAGAAUUUUAUUCGUCAUAGAUGAAUACUCAGAUGUGUCAAAGCCAAGUGAUGUCCGCGAACAGAAGAACACUGUCAUGGACGCUUUGCAUAACCCUCAUAAACCACGUCCCGAAGGAGAAUGGGUUGGUGGAGAAAUGACGCGCCAAACCUGGGAACGCACCAUACGUGAUGCUAGUGCGCAGUCACAGAAGCGGUUUAUCGCAGCAUUCGACUUAUUUCUAGAGGCCACGAUGCGACAGGCAAUUGACCGAAGCAAACAUCAUAUCCAUGACAUUCAAGGCUACAUCGAUGUGCGCCGCGACACGAUCGCAAUGAAGAUUUUGUUCGCGCUUUUGGAGUUGGGCCUGGAUAUCCCAGAUGAAGUCAUGUCCCACCCAACAAUUGAGACCAUGGUUCUCGCAUCCACCGACAUGAUCAUUAUUGAUAAUGACAUUAUAUCCUACAAUUUGGAGCAAGCACGUGGAGAUGCUAGUCACAACUUCAUAACGACUGUCAUGCGCGAGCUUGAUACGGAUGUCAACGGUGCCAUGUUAUGGGUGGCGGAUCUCCAUAUGAAAGCCCAGAAAAGGUUCUUGGAGGCGAUGGCAGCCAUUCCAAAAUGGGGAGAGCCCAUUGACUCGCAGAUGAGAGAGUACUGCGAUGGCUUGGGAAACUCGGUGCGCUCAAACUAUGAGUGGAACUUUGAGACCGAGAGGUAUUUCGGCACAAAGGGUCCAGAAAUUCGAAGUAAGAAAUGUAUGUCGCUGAUGCCGAAGGACUGCCUGAAAGAUUCUAAAGAGACUGGACCUGUACAUGUUGAUUGCGCUCUGUUAUAGUAUCACUAUGAAG